AUGUCGUUUGCUAGUUCCCUAUUUGGGGGACUACCUGGAAGGGCGGCUGCUUUCCGUCAAGCAGCGUCAGGUCUUGCCCAAAGCAUACCUCGUCAAGCAUUCUCUCUUCCUGCUGUUUACACCUGUCAACGCUUCCAGUCCUCCUCGGCUGCAGCUACAGCUACUGCUGACACCGACGAUGACAAUGUCGAUUCCAAAGAUCUUGCACGUCUUCGCAAGCUUCGUAACAUUGGUAUUUCUGCACACAUUGAUUCUGGCAAGACUACUUGUACCGAACGUAUCUUGUUCUACACCGGCCGUAUCAAGGAGAUCCAUGACGUCCGUGGUCGUGAUGGUGUUGGUGCAAAGAUGGAUUCUAUGGAUUUGGAAAGAGAAAAGGGUAUCACUAUCCAGUCGGCUGCCACUUAUGCCAGCUGGGGUGAUAACAACAUUAACAUUAUUGAUACUCCUGGUCACGUUGAUUUUACUAUUGAAGUCGAGCGCGCUUUGCGUGUGCUUGAUGGUGCUGUCUUAAUUCUUUGCUCUGUUUCUGGUGUCCAAUCACAAACUAUGACUGUCGAUCGCCAAAUGCGCCGUUAUGGUGUUCCUCGCAUUUCGUUUAUUAACAAGAUGGAUCGUGCUGGUGCCAAUCCUUUCCGUGUCAUCGAUCAACUCCGUACAAAGCUCAAAUUGCCUGCUGCCGCUCUCCAAAUCCCCAUUGGUGCUGAAGAUCAGUUCCGUGGCGUUGUGGAUUUGACCACUUGGAAGGCUUAUUACAAUGAAGGCGAGCAUGGUGAAAACUUGGUUGAAAAGGACAUCCCUGCUGAAUUAAUGGACUUUGCUACUGAAAAGCGUCAAGAAUUGAUCGAACAAUUGGCUGAUGUUGAUGACGAGAUUGCCGAUAUCUUUUUGAUGGAGGAAAUCCCUACCGCUGAACAAUUUAUGAACGCCAUUCGCCGUACCACGCUUAGCUUGAAGUUUACUCCCGUUUUGAUGGGCUCCGCUUUCAAGAACAAGUCCGUGCAACCUUUGCUUAACGCCAUUGUCAACUACUUGCCCGAUCCUACUCAGGUUAAAAACACCGCUUUGGAUAUCUCUAAUGAUGAAAAGCCUGUGGAUCUCUCGCCUUACUCUGCCAACCCAUUUGUCGGUCUCGCUUUCAAGCUUGAAGAAGGUCGUUAUGGUCAGCUCACCUACAUGCGUAUCUACCAAGGUACCCUUAAGCGUGGCUCCUUCAUCACCAAUGUCAAGACCGGAAAGAAGAUCAAGGUUCCUCGUCUCGUUCGUAUGCAUGCCUCUGAUAUGGAAGAUGUCGAUGAGCUCGGUGCUGGUGAAAUUGGUGCCAUCUUCGGUGUCGACUGUGCUAGUGGUGAUACUUUUACCGAUGGCACUCUCAAGUACACUAUGACCUCCAUGUAUGUUCCUGAACCUGUCAUUUCGCUUUCGCUUAACCCCGUUGGCCGUGAAUCCCCCAACUUCUCCAAGGCCUUGAACCGUUUCCAAAAGGAAGAUCCUACUUUCCGUGUGCAUGUUGACAAGGAAAGCAAGGAGACCAUUAUCUCUGGUAUGGGUGAACUUCAUUUGCAAAUCUACGUUGAGCGUAUGAAGCGUGAAUACAAUGUCGAAUGCACUACUGGCAAACCUCAAGUGGCUUUCCGUGAAACCAUUACUCAACCCGCCAAGUUCAACUACACUCACAAGAAGCAAUCUGGUGGUGCUGGUCAAUUUGGUCGUGUCAUUGGCUCGCUUGAACCCAUGAAGAUGGAUGAAGAAACUGGCAAGGAUAUUGCUUUUGAGAACCGUGUUGUUGGUGGCAACAUCCCUACCAACUACAUUCCUGCUUGUGAGAAGGGCUUUAUGGAUGCCCUUGAAAAGGGUCCUCUUAUUGGUCAUCCCGUUAAUGGUAUCCGCAUGAUUUUGGAUGAUGGUGCCGCUCACGCUGUCGAUUCCAGUGAAAUGGCUUUCCGCAUUGCUACCAAGAACGCUUUCCAAGAAGCUUUUGCCAAGGGCCGUCCCACCAUUUUGGAACCUAUCAUGAACGUCUCUAUCACUGCUCCUACUGAAUUCCAAGGCUCUGUCAUUGGUGGCCUUAACAAGCGUAAGGGUACCAUUGUCGACACCGAUAUCCAAGAAGACUUCUUUACUGUCACUGCUGAUGUUCCUCUCAAUGACAUGUUUGGCUACUCCACCGAAUUGCGAUCUGCCACUCAAGGCAAGGGUGAAUUCUCUAUGGAAUACAAAGAACAUCAACCUGUCCAAACCUUUGUCCAGGAACAACUUGUUCAAGAAUACAAGAAGAAGGAAGCUGCUAAAAAGUAA